AUGUUCAGAAAACUAAAAUCAGUAUUUUCUAGACCAAAAUUAGCACCUGAGAUAACAGAUUGCAAGAAAGAAGGUGCCCCUCCACCACCAAAGGCAUCAACAGGCCAGGAUGAAAAUAAAACAACAAAUGAACCACAGAAAGCAGAGGCCAACAAUAAAGCAGAGCCUGUACCAAAGCAACAAGAUACAGAAUCAGCGAAAGCACCUGAGCCUUCAAAACCUGAAAACUCAACUGAACCAGCUAAGACAACUCAACAGGAAGAGCAUGAACUCAAAGAUGGGAAAGAGAAUGCUAACACACAGAAGCCAGCAUGUCCAGGUUUCCAAACAAAUGAGUAUACUGAUGCCCAACUUCAAGAGAUUGUCAAAAAAUUGCGUGAAAGGGCAAAUGUGUAUAAGGAAAAGCUGAAUGACCCAGUGAUAUCUUCACCUGAAGCAAGUCCUCCAGUUUCACCAAAGAAGGCUCCACCCCCACCAAAAGAAGAAAAAAAAGAUGAAAAAAAAGAAGAAAAGAAAGAGGAGGCAGAAGCAAAGCCAGAGGAGGAUCAUUACUGUGAUAUGCUGUGCUGUAAAUUCAAAAAACCUCCAAUGAAAAAAUACAUGGAGUACAUGAAGCUACCAGAAACCAUUGACUCAUACACAGAUCGCCGUUACGUGGCGUGGCUCAUGCUUGUGACAAUUGCCUAUAACUGGAACUGCUGGUUCAUUCCCCUGCGCUAUGUGUUCCCAUACCAAACCCCCAGUAACACAAUAUAUUGGCUUGUCAUUGAUGUGAUGUGUGAUAUCUGCUACCUGUGCGACUUAAUCAUUUUCCAGCCCCGAGUGCGGUUUAUCAGAGGGGGAGAUAUAAUAUCAGACAGAGCAGAAACGGAAAAAUUCUACCGGAGCACUGUGAAGUUUAGGCUUGAUGUGAUAUCAGUGAUUCCAUUUGACAUUUUAUACUUCUUCUUUGGAUUUAAUCCAGCACUCCGAGCAAACAGGAUGCUAAAGCAUAACACAUUCUUUGAGUUUAAUGAUCGUUUGGAAGCUAUUAUGGAAAAAGCAUACAUCUACAGGGUCAUUCGAACAACUGGAUACUUGCUGUUUAUCUUGCACAUUAAUGCAUGCCUGUAUUAUUGGGCUUCAGACUAUGAAGGAAUUGGCAGCACUAGAUGGGUCUAUGAUGGCGAAGGAAACAUGUACCUGAGGUGUUACUACUGGGCAGUUCGUAGUUUAAUCACCAUCGGUGGCCUUGCAGAACCACAAACACUGUUUGAGAUAGUGUUUCAACUGCUGAAUUAUUUCAUGGGUGUCUUUGUCUUCUCCAGCUUAAUUGGCCAGAUGAGAGACGUAAUCGGAGCAGCAACAGCAGGGCAGAACUACUUUCGGUCCUGUGUGGACAACACUGUCUCCUAUAUGAACACUUACUCUAUUCCAAAAUUGGUGCAAAAUCGUGUUCGAACUUGGUAUGAAUACACAUGGGACUCUCAAGGAAUGCUGGAUGAAUCAGAAUUAUUGGAGCAGAUGCCAACCAAAAUGCAAUUAGCUGUUGCAAUUGAUGUGAACUUUGCCAUUGUCAACAAAGUGGACUUAUUCAAAGGCUGUGAUACCCAGAUGAUAUAUGACAUGCUGCUAAGGUUGAAAUCCAUUGUAUAUUUACCUGGUGACUUUGUCUGCAAAAAGGGAGAGAUUGGCAGAGAAAUGUACAUCAUCAAACAGGGUGAAGUUCAAGUCCUUGGAGGCCCUGAUGGUACCAAAGUCCUGGUUACAUUAAGAGCAGGAGCUGUAUUUGGGGAGAUCAGCCUACUAGCUGCAGGUGGAGGAAAUCGAAGGACCGCCAAUGUGGUGGCUCAUGGUUUUGCCAACCUUUUCAUUCUGGACAAGAAAACACUCAAUGAAAUCUUGGUGAACUAUCCUGACUCAGAAAAACUUCUCAUGAAGAAAGCAAAGGUGCUGCUGAAGCAGAAGGGGAAGCCUGCUCCGGGACCACCAGUGCCACAACCACGGGGCUUGGCCAGUCUCUUUGGGCAGAAACAGGAAACUCCAAAAUUGUUUAAAGCAAUGCUUGGAGGAAAAGGGAAAGACGGCCUUGCUAAGCUGCUGCAGCUGAAGAAACAACAAGAAACUCAGGAAGCUAAAGCUGAAACAGAGACCAAGCCUAAAGAAGAGGAGAAGAAACCUGUGGAGCCUGCAGCCCCUUCAGCACCCCCUGCUCAAAAGGAAAAGCCCAAGACAGAUGCUAAGCCUGCAGCUAUACAGAGAGCAACCAGUAAGGAGUCUCUGAUCAUCAGUAUGACACCAUCCCCCAGAGCAGGAGAAGGAGAGAUCCUUAAAGUUGAAAUUAAAGAGAAAGAGAAGAAAUAG